AGCGCCCGUCGGCCGUCGUCAUUAUAUCAGUCAUUAUUCGCCGCGCGAGCCGCGGGCCGGAGGUCGGUCGUGUCGAUUGCGGGGCCGGCGCGUCUCCCCGUGUGUGUUGUUGUCAGUCUCCCGUGUUUAACAGUGACUAUUAUGAGUGACAGGGAUCGGUCGUCGCCCUCCCUCACGGACACCCCGCUGAAGACGUACAUCGGCCGACACGACGACGACUACCCUCUAAUAAACGGAAACGGUGAGCGCCACUCCACAUUCUGUCGCCAACUUUACGGUCGGCGUCGAGGAGAUUUCCUCAGUCACGGGGCUAGUUUCAACAAAAAAUACGGCAAGUCGGUGAACAGUAAGGACGCUCUCGAGGACAAGAAAGAUGACACCGAACUGUGGGACGCGCAGGCCGCCUUCCUCGGGCCCAACCUGUGGGAGAAGACGCUGCCCUACGACCCUGAUCUCAAGGUACUAGAAUACGUGGACCUAGACGAGUUCCUGUCGGAGAAUGGCAUGCCGGGCGAGACCCUGGGCGGCGCGCACCUGGGGGGCUCCGCGUUCGGCGCCGGCGCGGGGCUGGCCUUGGGAUUGCCGCCCCCCGUCACCAAGCGCGAGCGCUCCCCGUCCCCGUCAGACUGCAUGAGUCCAGACACCAUCAACCCACCGCUUUCACCCGCAGACUCUACAUUCUCCAUGGCCUCGUCCGGGCGCGACUUCGACCCGCGGACGCGCGCCUUCUCCGACGAGGAGCUCAAGCCGCAGCCCAUGAUCAAGAAGUCCCGGAAACAGGUAAAUGAAUUCGUGCCCGAUGACCUCAAAGACGACAAGUACUGGGCUCGUCGGCGGAAGAACAACAUGGCUGCCAAGCGAUCGAGGGAUGCACGCCGUAUGAAGGAGAACCAGAUCGCGCUGCGCGCCGGUUACCUCGAGAAAGAGAACAUGGGUCUGCGACAAGAGGUGGAACUGCUGAAGAAGGAGAAUCACAUCCUGCGAGAGAAGCUGUCCAAGUUCGCGGACGUUUAAGCGGUCCCCCUCCCCGCGUAGCACAAACACGCCGCACGACAUGUCGCGGCCGCCGGCGCCGCCCCGCUCGCCGCCCCGCCGCCGCCGGCUCCCCACUCGCACUCGUCGCCUGACAUGUUACUGUUGUUUCGUUUUAAGUGUCGCUCGUACCUUCCGACUCGCGUCGCGCUCUCGUUACGUUCUCAUGAGACCUGAGCUGUUAGACGCCGCGGAUCUCUCGCCCGCGUCCUCUCGUCGCAUCCGAUUGUAAAGUUUAUUUUGACGUGCUGUAUAUUGACUAGAAUACUGAAUGAAGUUGCGGAUGUGACGCGAUGUACUAUAGGAUUAAAGUUAUUGCAGUUACCGUAAGUUUAUACUUAGUUUAAUAGGUGAAUCUUAACCAAAGUUCCGCUCGAGUUCUGAUCUGUCGUCGUCUCUAAUUCCUUCAAACUCAACAGGGUUAGUCAACGACGUAUGGACCAAAUUAAUUUGUUGGAAAAAUGUUAUUUUCGUUGAGGGUGAUAGUGGUGUCCCGUCCCGAGCUAGGCGGUCCGACCGAGUGCGGAAUACUGUAUAAGUUUAAUGUUGUUGAAUAUUGAUAUCUUUCUUAACCGGCACCGGCAAGUUUGCUCAAGUGGCUCGCGUCGCAUCGCGAGCGUAGUGGCUGCGUCUGUACAUAGGUAGUUGUAAUGGGCCGAUCCGUCCGGUCCGUAGCUCGCUUCGUAGGAACUACUCCGUAUGAGAUUAGACCUCCCCUCUGUCGAUCAGUAGUGAGCGAACACUAGUUUCGUUUCAAUCAAAUUUACUUAGUGAAUAGUUUCGCGUAGUCGCGUAGAUUCCGUAGCGUAGUCGUUAUUAGAAUAUUUUUGUUAUGGCUGUAGUUGUUAACAUUUUUGAAAGUUUAUAUUAUUUUGUUUAGUUGUACUUGUGUCGAGACUCGCGUAAUUGUGUCGAUAUGGGUAAGAGCCGGUAGUAGCCACUGAAUACGUCCCUGGACGCUCGUCUCGCACUCUGACUCGUGCUAUUGUUAUAAUAUAUUUUUGUAGGUUUUUGUCGUUGAUAAAUGAGUCAAUUGAAUGUUUAUUGAAUUGAAAAAAUAAUGUUUAUAAACUAAGACUAAGAAGUUGUUGCAUUUGAAAGUAUUUUAUGGAUACAAAGCGAGAACAAUAAAAUGUUUUUCUAUAAAGGUUUACAUGUGAGGGAUUCUACGAAGGUGUGAAGGUUGACUUUGAAAUGCACUGUUUCAUAUCAAACGAUAUUUUAUGUAAUGAACUUAAUGUUAACGGAACAUUUGAUAUUCCAUCUUGUUUGUUAAAGUAAUAUACAUGAAUUACACAAAUUAUGAAUGUAUAACGAUAUCUAUACAUACGAAAUUCUAUGUAAUAGUUGACGGGGUAUAUGCUGUAUGUUAAUAUUAAGCCCGUAUUCGUAUCAGCCGCUCGCGGUAUUGUAGGCCGACUACAGGGGACUCUGACCCGCCCGCACCUCCACACUCCUUAUUUAUUACUUAUUUAUAUACUACCGACACCCCUACUCUGCAACAACAUAAAACCAUAUUGAUUUACAUGUACGAGUAGUAUUUUGUUUGAUUUUAAUUUAUAUGGUUCUAUGGAUUGAAAUAAACGUUAAUUGUUGUAUUUA